UUGUUCUACGAGGGAAAUGUUGACAUCUACAGCAUCGAUGACCCUCUCAAGAAAAACGCUACGAUUGGCUUCAUCAAUAAUUUUGGCCAGAUUCCAAAGCAGCUGUUUAAGAAACCUCAUCCUCAGAAGAGACUAAACAUUCGAAACCUUGACCCAAUUCCAAUGUCUGCAACAUCAAGUGGAGCUGCCGAUAAACUCUUCUUCCAUAAUGUAGACAAUCUCAAACCGACAAUGCAGCCUUUCAAAGAAUUAAAGAGUAUGGUCGGGCAGAUCAUCCACAAUGACAAAUAUGUUUUGGCUGUGGAACAGAACAAAGUGCUUAUUCCUCCAAACUACAAUAAAUACCUUGCUUGGGGAUUCUCUGAUUUGACCAUCAGAAUGGGUAACUAUGAAUCGGACAAAGCCACCAAUGUAUUUGAAUGCUUAGGAAAUGGAGAAAUAUUGUGUGCUGCUUGUCCGAAUUCCAAAAUCUUUGUUACUGGCGGCACGAGUACGGUGGUCAGUGUGUGGGAAUACAAAGCCAAAGAAAAACGAGUGGUCUUGAAGUGUCCACUUUAUGGCCAUAAUGAAGCAGUCACUUGUUUGGCUGCCUCUCCUGCAUACAAUGUCAUAGUCAGUGGUUCCCGAGACCGGUCCUGCAUUAUCUGGGAUCUGAACCGUCUGGUGCUAGUGCGACAGUUGAGGGGUCAUGCUGCCCCAGUAGCUGCCGUGUGUAUCAAUGGGUUAACGGGUGAUAUUGCCACCUGUGCUGGGACCUAUUUAUAUGUGUGGACAAUUAAUGGUGAUGAAAUUGCCAGUGUCAACACAGCCACUGCUAGAAACCAGCAAAUAUUCACAGUUGCUAUGUCACAGAUGAUGGAAUGGGAUUGUCAAAAUGUGAUUUUAACAGGCAGCAGUGAUGGUGUCGUAAGGAUGUGGAGUGUAGAAUUUGUGCAGCUCCCCGAAGAGGCUAAAUGCAAAGCUUGCACAGAAAACACCAAAGAAAAUAAAGACAAAGAUGUAACAGAUAGCCUUGCCCCGCUGUCAGCCACCACCAACACCACCAUUGCCACAUCCACCACCACUGAAACUAAAACAAGUGCCAUCCCAAGCACCGAGGACACCACUGCCUCCAACAAUAUGAAUAUCAGUUUGAGUAGCUCGGUAACAAAGCCAACUGAUAUACCCCGUCUGGGACGUCGAGAAUCAUGUGACAGCUACAGUGUUGAUGCUAAAGCUGUUGCUGACCGGCUAAAAGAGUUCAAAGACCCUGAUUACUUGGCAGCGAAAGAAAUCGAACUCGGCUCUUCAGCUGAAAGUGAGAGCUAUUUUGGUCGACGUUUAGCUGGCUGUAAAGAUGAACUGUCAGGUAUUGGACAGACCGAUAAACGCAACGAGAGCAACUUGAGUUCUACCAGCAGCGCCAGUGACAUCUACAAGACAAGUGAUACUGCCAGUGUCGAAGACGACCUUGACACUGCAGCCAGCAAUGAGUUGCUGAUUUAUGAAGAAUGUCCCCGGUUGUCUGCAGCAUCGCUUCAUGCAGGGGACAAUGGCAGUGUCAAAUCAGUCGAUGCAGCAGUUGAUGCCCUUUUGGAACUUGAGCAGGAACAGCAAGGAAUCCGGAAAACUCCAGACAGCACCGACUCAAUAAGGGACGACCUGUCCAGUAAAUCAAAUUUAUCUGACCAACAGAAUAUGGCUGCUGAUAUGGAUGAGUCUACGGAUACAAUCAAAGCAGAUGACCAGACAGACAGUCUGGACAAGGCAGAACACGAUAGUGACAAAGAUUCAGCCAAAUCGUCUUCAUCUGACUUUGUUGUAAUUUCUUCAUCGGAUGUUCCAAGUUUCAACAAACUGAACGAUAAUCAAAUUCGUAAACCUAAGCUAUCAAUGAAAAAUCAUUUACGAGAGGGCUUCCGUUGGCAGAGGCAGUUGGUGUUUCGCAGCAAAUUAACAAUGCAUACAGCAUUUGAGCGCAAAGACAACAAGGACCCUGCUGCUGUCACUGCCAUUGCAGUGGCCAAGGACCACAAAACAAUCUAUGUUGGUGAUGCACGUGGCCGUAUCUACAGCUGGACUGUAACUGACCAACCGGGACGGGUCGUAGCUGACCAUUGGAUGAAGGAUGAAGGAGUUGAUAGCUGUUUGUCUUGUCGAGUGAAAUUCUCUUUCUCAGAACGUCGUCACCAUUGCAGAAACUGUGGACAAGUCUUCUGCUCCAAGUGUAGCCGUUUUGAAACGGAGAUACGUCGUCUUCGAAUCUUAAAACCCAUUUCCUUUUCUUUCUUUCCUUUUCUUUUUUUCUUUUCCCCACUUUUUCUCUUUUCUCUUUUCAUUUUCCUUCUUUCUUUAUCUGUCUUUUCUUUUCCUUUUUUUUUUGUUUCCCAUUUUUACCUUGUCCUUUUUUCUUUACUCUUUUUCUUUUUCCCUCACUUUUCCUUUCCAUCUUCCCCUUUCCUUUUUGUCUUUUUCUUUAUUCUUUUCAUUUCUUUUUCCUAUUUUUUCCAAUCUUUCCUUUUAUUUUGUGCUUUUUCUUUUUCCGCUAUUCUUUUCAUUUUAUCCCCCACCUCUUUUCCUUUCCUUUGA